AUGCCUCCCCCUACCUCCCUGUUCUCCAGCCCCACCUUCCUGUUCUCCAGCCCCUGCCUCCUCUUACCUCCCUGUUCUCCAGCCCUGCCUCCUCCUACCUCCCUGUUCUCCAGCCCCACCUCCCUGUUCUCCAGCCCUACCUCCCUGUUCUCCAGCCCCACCUCCCCCUACCUCCCUAUUCUCCAGCCCUACCUCCCUCCCCUGCCUCCUCCUACCUCCCUGUUCUCCAGCCCAUGCCUCCCCCCACCUCCCUGUUCUCCAGCUCCUGCCUUCCCCUAUCUCCAAAUUCUCCAGACGAUGCCUCCCCCCACCUCCAAAUUCUCCAGACGAUGCCUCCCCCCACCUCCCUAUUCUCCAGCCCCUGCCUCCUCCUACCUCCCUAUUCUCCAGCCCAUGCCUCCCCCCACCUCCCUGUUCUCCAGCUCCUGCCUUCCCCUAUCUCCAAAUUCUCCAGACGAUGCCUCCCCCCACCUCCCUAUUCUCCAGCCCCUGCCUCCCCCCACCUCCCUAUUCUCCAGCCCAUGCCUCCUCCUACCUCCCUAUUCUCCAGCCCCAGCCUCCUCCUACCUCCCAAUUCUACAGCCCCUGCCUUCCCCUAUCUCCAUAUUCUCCAGCCCAUGCCUUCCCCCACCUCCCUAUUCUCCAGCCCAUGCCUCCCCCACCUCCCUGUUCUCCAGCCCCUGCCUCCCCCUACCUCCCUGUUCUCCAGCCCCUGCCUCCCCCCACCUCCCUGUUCUCCAGCCCCACCUCCCUGUCCUUCAGCCCCUGCCUCCCCCCACCUCCCUGUUCUUCAGCCCCUGCCUCCCUGUACCUCCCUAUUCUCCAGCCCCUGUGUCCUCCAAUCAGACGGAGUGUUGA